AUGUUGGACGCCGUCGGCUUUGUUGGCAAGCACAGCAGCGCUGCGAACGUCGUGGAGCUGGCCCGCCGCAUCCUCGCCAGUAUGGGUACGGAGAUCGAUUUGGCCGUCGAGACGCUCUUCCCCGUCGCCAUGCACAUCGACGUUGCGUCUCCUGCGUUUGUUCCGCUUGCCAACGCGUUUGUCGACUCCAUGGUACACUUGCGCGAUGGUGACGCGCCGUACGCGCUCCCGUUCAUUGCGCUCUCGCCGCCGUGCUGUGCGCUCUGCGUCGAGUUUGGCACCUUUUUGCUCUCACCUGACGACGACGGCGUGAUGGUAUUGCACAGUGACUUGCACCCGCCGAUCGAGGCGACGGUCGCCGCGCACCGAGAUUUGCUCGUGCUCGAACCCACGACCGAUGGCAGCCACCGCGUCAUCAAGUUGCAGCAGGCGCUUUAUCGCGAGUCCGUCGAGAUGAACGAGUUCACCGAGCCGGUCCACGCGGUGGUUCACUACUACGCCGCGGUAGCAGCGUCAGAGGCGACCGCCCACACGACGCACUCGAAGCUCAAGCCUCUUUUGGACACCUUGCAUUUCGUGUGCGAAUACUGCACCGGAAAAGCCGAGGCGGUCGCCAACGCCAUCGCCUCGCAUUUGACCGACCCCGACGAGGCGCGCGAGAUACUCUACCCGGUCGUCGUACGCAUGGAGAAGGCGUCGCCCGCUUUUGCAGUGCUCGCCACCGCCUAUCUCGACACGGUCUCGUACUUGCGAGAUAGCGACAACCACUACGCACUGCCAUUCAUCACGCUCGACGAGGCGCCCAACUGCUGCAGCCAGUACAAGGCGUUUGCGGUCUUCUUGCUCGCGCCGGACGUGGCCGAGAUGCAGCUGCCUUUUGACGCGUGCCCUCGGAUCCAUGCGAUCAUCCGCCGGUACCGCACGCACUUUGAGUGGGUAUCCACGGACGAGGGCGACGACAACGACAGCGAGCCGCGCCUCGUCAAGCGGCGACCGCCCCACCACCGGGGACGACCGGCCGCGCACCUCGUCGAGGCAUAUGCGAGAGAUGCAGCGAUGGCGGCGAGAGUGCACGCGCUUCUGCAAGACAGCGUGUAUUCCAUCCGAGAGCUCUUCAACGAUGCAUGA